UGAACGAGUCGUUUCCUGUAAUGAUUUGCCCAUAACAAUUAUGGCUGAGCUCCGUGUGCAUCUGGUCACAUGACUUCCGCCAAGCAGGCGUUCUGCUAUACCUUAUACACAGAACUGAUACUUUAGCGAAGUUAGUGUUUAUUUUUAUGCGAUUAUGUUGUAGAAUCAUGGCACCUAGUCGUUCUCGUAGUAGAAGCUCAGAUUAUUCACCACGGAAAAGGCGACACGGAAGCAACCAACGAUCCCCAGAUAGAAGAGGAAGAAGAUCUAGAUCCAGGGAACGAGUGGCUGCCAAUGAUCACCGCCGGAGCCAUUCUGGAGAGCGAACAUUCUCCGGUAGACCCCACCACGGGAAGCAAUAUGGAGACUAUAUUGAGAAGGGGAAGGAGGAACUUUUGAGACAAAGGCAGGAGGCUUUCAUUGCAAGGCGUUUAAAUGAGAGGGAGAGAAUUGGUGAGCUCGGAGCACCGGAAGUUUGGGGUCUUUCUCCUAAAGUUCUUGAACCUGAUUCCGAUGAGCACACACCGGUAGAAGAGGACAAAAAGUCAAAUAAAUCAAGCAGUUCUGAAUCUUCUUCAGAAGAAGAGAAGAAGAAAAGGAAAAAGAAAAAAAAGAAAAAGUCUUCUAAGAAAAGGCGCAGGAAACAUUCAGAAGAUGACUCUGAAUCUGAUAGUGGUGAUGAAGAUGAGAAAAAGAAGUCUAAGAGAAGGAAGAAAAAACACAGGAAGAAGAAGUCAAAGAAAAAAAGAAGCAAGAAAGUAAAGGAAGAAAGCAGUGACUCAAGCAGUGAAGAUUCAGAUGAUGAAAAACAGGAGGAAGAUCAAUGGGUUGAGAAAACAAAAAAUAAUUUAGAUGAGUUUGAAUUCGUGGGACCAGAAGUGCCAAUUACACAUCUGUCACAAGAUGAUAAACCAUUAAACUAUGGUCAUGCUCUGCUGCCUGGUGAAGGUGCAGCCAUGGCAGAGUAUGUGAAAGCCGGAAAGCGUAUUCCAAGAAGAGGCGAAAUUGGCUUAACGAGCGAUGAAAUUGCUUCAUUCGAGAAGUCUGGCUAUGUGAUGAGUGGUAGCAGACAUCGCCGUAUGGAGGCUGUGCGUCUGCGUAAGGAAAACCAGAUUUACAGCGCAGAUGAAAAGAGAGCCCUGGCGUCCUUCAACCAAGAGGAAAGAAGUAAACGUGAAAACAAAAUCUUGUCCAGCUUCAGAGAGAUGGUUUAUAGAAAGACAAAAGGAAAGGAGGACAAAUAAACCACUGUGUGCACUCCAGUUUUCCUUGUGCUGCUGAUGUCCUGUGCCUUUUAACUGGAGGACAUCUUUGUUUUCUGCUUGGUGUUGUAUUGAGUGAGAGAAAAGAAUACUGUUUUUUGUUCAGUGGGACACAUUUAAAACAUAUGUGCAUCUAAAAAGAUUUUUUUAUUGUGGCUUCAUAUUUUCUGCAGUAGGUGUUACCUAGCAGCAAGCACUAAUCUAGGGAUCAUAAAGGUUUGUUCUCUAUUUGUAAAUAUGAAUAGUAUUGCAAUAGUAUAUUGAGUCCCCUCUGCAUGUACACAUCAGGGACAAGCAUUUAAGUUAUUACCAUAACAGCAUCCUUCUAAUUUCCACAUUAAAGUGAUACUGACACUAAAAAAUGAAUUUUAGCAUAUGAAUGUACAUUAAAUGUUACCUAUAGGUCAUGUUGAUCAUUUUUUGCUGAGAGGUUUGUUUUUGUAUAUAAUUGUUAGUUGAAGUUCCUAAGCCUGACUCUCUGCCAAUCUGACUGUCCCAUCUCAGCCUGUUAGUUACAGUUUCUAAUGCUAACGGACUCCUGCUGCACAAAUAUGGCAGCCCCCUCAUACAGGAACAUGGGGGAUCAGACAGGUAAUGUAAAAGCAUCAUGCAAAUACUUUAUGGCAAAGUUAGAAGUAGCUUGCAAAGCCAAUAUUAUAAUAGAUGUAAAAAAAAGUUUAAUUUCAGGUGUCAGUAUCUCUUUAAUGUAUAUUUGGUUUAUGGUGUCACUGAAAGAAUUUUAUGCAGAAAGUGUUCAUUUAAACUAAAUCAAUAUAUGCUGUCAGUCAAUAAAAAAAAAAAAAAGUUUUUAAUAAAAUCAUUGUUGGUUUGAUUGAUUCAGUAAUAAAAAUGUCUGAGAUUCUCCAAUCA